AUGGAGCAGAAGACCGUGCACCUCGCGCUCGACGGCGCCUACAUCGAGGGCUCCUACUACGAGCUCCAGUAUGACACCGAGCGCGCGGCCUGCCUCGACUGGGGCGCGCCGGCCGAGGACGUCCAGGGCGCGCUCAACGCGCUCACGCUCACGGACGCGCGCGUCGACAUCACGCCCGUCGGCGCCAACCCGUCGUUCGAGCACGCCCGCCUCGAUGAGGAACACACGUGGGACUUCGCGCCGUUCCCGAACACGGUCGCGUGGCUCGACGCCAUGGCCGCGCUCCCCGACCACGACGCGGUCCAUGUAGUCAACGUGUUUUGGCUGCAUCUGCACACGACGGUGGGCGCGCUCGACGUGCGCGAAUCGCCCGUCGACAGCGGCCUCGGCCCGGCGUUCAACGGGACGGAGGCGGAGUCCUCGGCGACGCACGGCUACUACAACGUCUGCGUCUGCGAGCCCGCGGCGGCCAAGGCCUUCGGCCGCGGCCACUGCCCGGACGACGCGCCGGCCGCGACGGACGCCUAUGCGCGACUCGCGGCCCUGGCCCUCUGCCGCAACGUCGCCGGCGCCGCGGGCAUCCCGGCGAGCCGCUGCGACGCGUGUGGGUAA